GUCUGUUUGCCUCCGUAGAGUGUAAACAGCUGACCGGAAACGGGAGCACUUUCACCGGAAAGGAGGAGCAGCUCUUCUAUUGUCGCUCGGAGCUGCUGCUGCUGUAAUGGCGGUGCCUCGUCGCUCCUCGCAGCAGCAGAACACUUUGCAGUCUCCGCCGAGGAACGGCUCUCUGUCGGCCGCUCCUCCGGCCUCCCCGCCGAUGGCUCUGCUCACCUCGGCUGUCGGACCUCCGGAGGGCGAGAGAGAAUGCAGCGGGGGGAUCGACAUGGCUCCGGCCUCCCCGGACCUACCCGCCCCGGUCCUGGCGAGCAGUGCGAGCUUCACCACGACAACCUCCGGCGGGGGAAGCAGCAGCGUCUCCAGCCCCGGAUCCGGAGCCGCCAGCCCCACCGACGGCAGCAGCGGCAUCGGGGGCGCGUUCAGGGAGCUGUUCGAGGCCUGUCGUAACGGAGACGUGUCGCGGGUGAAGAGGCUCGUCGACUCGGUGAACGUCAACGCGAAGGACAUGGCCGGACGGAAGUCCACCCCGCUGCACUUCGCUGCAGGUUUUGGCAGGAAGGAUGUGGUGGAGCACCUCCUGCAGACGGGGGCAAACGUCCACGCCCGGGACGAUGGCGGACUCAUCCCCCUGCACAACGCCUGCUCCUUCGGACACGCAGAAGUCGUCAGCCUCCUCCUGUGUCAGGGCGCCGACCCCAACGCCAGAGACAACUGGAACUACACGCCGUUACACGAGGCGGCCAUCAAGGGAAAGAUCGACGUUUGUAUCGUGUUACUCCAACACGGCGCCGAUCCAAACAUCCGCAACACUGAUGGCAAAUCCGCGUUGGACCUCGCAGACCCUUCAGCCAAGGCUGUCCUCACUGGUGAAUAUAAGAAGGACGAACUUCUUGAAGCAGCGAGGAGUGGAAACGAAGAAAAGCUGAUGGCGCUGCUGACUCCGCUAAACGUCAACUGCCACGCCAGCGAUGGCCGCAAGUCAACAUCCCAAAAAAUGCUGUCCACGCCGCUGCACCUGGCUGCCGGAUACAACCGAGUCCGCAUCGUUCAGCUGCUCCUCCAGCACGGAGCCGACGUUCACGCCAAGGACAAAGGCGGUCUGGUUCCUCUUCACAACGCCUGCUCCUACGGACACUUUGAGGUCACCGAGCUUCUGCUCAAACAUGGAGCCUGUGUGAACGCCAUGGACUUGUGGCAGUUCACUCCUCUCCACGAGGCGGCGUCCAAGAACCGGGUGGAGGUGUGUUCGCUGCUGCUGAGCCACGGGGCCGACCCCACCCUGCUCAACUGCCACAGCAAGAGCGCCGUGGACAUGGCCCCCACGCCGGAGCUCAAAGAGAGACUCACCUAUGAGUUCAAAGGUCACUCACUGCUGCAGGCAGCCCGCGAGGCCGACAUGGCCAAAGUGAAGAAGACGCUGGCUCUGGAGAUCAUCAGCUUCAAACAUCCUCAGACCAACGAGACCGCUCUGCACUGUGCGGUGGCUUCUCCACACCCCAAGAGGAAGCAGGUGACGGAGCUGUUGCUGCGUAAAGGUGCCAACAUCAACGAGAAGAACAAAGACUUCAUGACUCCGUUGCACGUUGCUGCUGAGCGAGCGCACAAUGACAUCCUGGAGGUGCUGCAGAAACACGGAGCCAAGGUAAACGCCGUCGACACGCUCGGGCAAACCGCUCUUCACCGAGCCGCGCUGGCCGGACACAUCCAGACCUGCAAGCUGCUGCUGAGCUACGGCGCCGACCCGUCCAUCGUGUCUCUGCAGGGAUUCACCGCCGCUCAGAUGGGCAACGAGGCGGUCCAGCAGAUUCUGAACGAAAAUGUUCCCACACGUAACUCCGACGUGGACUACAGAUUCCUGGAGGCGGCCAAAGCUGGAGAUCUGGACACAGUGCAACAACUUUGCACCCCUCAGAACGUGAACUGCCGGGACCUGGAGGGCCGUCACUCCACUCCUCUGCACUUUGCAGCCGGUUACAACCGAGUGGCUGUCGUUGAAUACCUGCUGCACCACGGAGCUGAUGUCCACGCCAAAGACAAGGGCGGUCUGGUUCCUCUCCACAACGCAUGCUCCUACGGUCACUACGAAGUGGCCGAGCUGCUGGUCAGACACGGAGCUUCAGUCAACGUGGCCGACUUGUGGAAAUUCACCCCGCUCCACGAGGCUGCAGCCAAAGGCAAAUAUGAGAUCUGCAAGCUGCUGCUCAAACACGGUGCCGACCCGUCCAAGAAGAACCGAGACGGCAACAUGCCGCUGGACAUGGUCAAAGACGGAGACACGGACAUCCAGGACCUGCUGAGGGGGGAUGCCGCCCUGCUGGACGCCGCCAAGAAGGGCUGCCUGGCCCGAGUCCAGAAACUGUGUUCACCGGAGAACAUCAACUGCAGAGACACGCAGGGACGCAACUCCACACCUCUGCACCUCGCAGCCGGCUACAACAACCUGGAGGUGGCCGAGUAUCUGCUGGAGCAUGGAGCUGACGUGAACGCUCAGGACAAAGGAGGCCUGAUCCCUCUUCAUAACGCCGCUUCUUACGGGCACGUGGACAUCGCAGCCUUGCUGAUCAAAUACAACACGUGUGUGAACGCCACAGACAAAUGGGCUUUCACGCCUCUGCACGAGGCGGCGCAGAAAGGUCGUACGCAGCUCUGCGCGCUGCUGCUGGCUCACGGAGCCGACCCGACCAUGAAGAACCAAGAAGGCCAGACUGCUCUGGACCUGGCCACGGCCGAUGAUAUCCGGGCCCUGCUGAUGGAUGCCAUGCCGCCAGACGCCCUGCCCAGCUGCUUUAAGCCUCAGGCCACAGUGGUCAGCGCCUCCGUCAUCUCCCCCGCCUCCACGCCGUCCUGUCUGUCGGCCGCCAGCAGCAUAGACAACCUGGCCGGGCCGCUCACGGAGCUGGCUGCUGCCGCCGCCGCCGGAUCCUCCGGAGUGGCGGACGGAGCUACAGGCACCGACCGCAAGGAAGGCGAGCUGGCAAUGCUGGACAUGAACAUCAGUCAGUUCCUGAAGAGCCUGGGCCUCGAGCACCUGAGGGACAUCUUCGAGAGGGAGCAGAUCACCCUGGAUGUUCUCGCUGACAUGGGUCACGAGGAGCUGAAGGAGAUCGGAAUCAACGCCUACGGCCACCGACACAAACUCAUCAAAGGUGUCGAGAGGCUGCUGGGCGGCCAGCAAGGUGCCAACCCCUACCUGACAUUCCACUGUGCCAACCAGGGCACCAUCCUGAUAGACCUCGCCCCGGACGACAAGGAGUACCAGUCUGUGGAGGAGGAGAUGCAGAGCACCAUCAGAGAGCACAGAGACGGAGGCAACGCCGGAGGUGUCUUCAGCAGAUACAACAUCAUCAAGAUUCAGAAGGUCGUCAAUAAGAAGCUGAGGGAGCGUUACACACACCGGCAGAAGGAGAUCGCAGACGAGAACCACAACCAUCACAACGAGCGCAUGUUGUUUCACGGUUCCCCGUUCAUCAACGCCAUCAUCCACAAAGGCUUCGACGAGCGCCACGCCUACAUCGGAGGCAUGUUCGGAGCGGGGAUCUACUUCGCGGAGAACUCCUCAAAGAGCAAUCAGUACGUCUACGGCAUCGGAGGAGGCACAGGCUGCCCGACGCACAAAGACAGAUCCUGCUACCUGUGCCACAGGCAGAUGCUGUUCUGCCGAGUCACUCUGGGGAAGUCCUUCCUGCAGUUUAGUGCCAUGAAGAUGGCCCACGCUCCCCCGGGACACCACUCGGUGAUCGGGCGGCCCAGCGUUAACGGCCUGGCCUAUGCCGAGUACGUCAUCUACAGAGGAGAGCAGGCCUACCCAGAGUACCUCAUCACCUACCAGAUCCUUAAGCCGGAGAGCGCGGCUCAGGCUGCUGCAGGAGCUGAGCAGAAGUCGUAGUUCCUCCCCGUCGCUCACUC